GGGGCUGCGGCGCGGUCGCCUAGGUUACCAGGAGGCGGAGCCAGCGAGGCUGCUGUGGCCCGGAUGUCGGGGCGUUCCAGCCGCAUCCGCUGACCCUGGAGCGACUGCCAGAAGCCUAGGAGCGGCUCAUGGCUGUCGAUAUUCAACCAGCCUGCCUUGGACUUUACUGCGGGAAGACCCUGUUAUUUAAAAACGGCUCAACUGAAAUAUAUGGAGAAUGUGGGGUGUGCCCAAGAGGACAGAGGACCGACGCCCAGAAGCUCUGUCAGCCCUGCACGGAGUCCCCGGAGCUGUACGACUGGCUCUACCUGGGCUUCAUGGCCAUGCUCCCUCUUGUGUUACACUGGUUCUUCAUUGAGUGGUACUCGGGGAAGAAGAGCUCCAGUGCGCUUUUCCAACACGUCACAGCCUUAUUCGAAUGCACCAUGGCGGCUCUCAUCACCCUGCUUCUGAGCGACCCGGUUGGGGUUCUUAACAUCCGUUCCUGUCGCGUGCUGAUGCUUUCGGACUGGUACACGAUGCUGUACAACCCGAGCCCCGACUACGUCACCACGGUGCACUGCACCCACGAAGCCGUCUACCCACUAUACACCAUUGUGUUUAUUUACUAUGCGUUCUGCCUGGUGUUCAUGAUGCUGCUGCGCCCUCUGCUGGUGAAGAAGAUCGCCUGCGGGUUAGGGAAGUCUGACCGGUGUAAGAGCAUCUACGAGCUGUACUACUUCCCGAUUCUCACAGUGCUGCAGGCGGUCAGCGGAGGCCUGUUAUAUUACGCCUUCCCGUUCAUUAUAUUAGUGUUAUCGUUGGUUACCCUGGCUGUGUACAUGUCGGCUUCGGAAAUAGAGAGCUGCUACGACCUUCUGGUCAGGAAGAAAAGACUCCUCGUUCUCUUCAGCCACUGGCUGCUGCACGCCUACGGAAUAGUCUCCAUCUCCAGGGUGGAGAAGCUCGAGCAAGAUCUGCCCCUCCUGGCCCUGGUGCCCGCACCCGCCCUCUUUUACUUAUUCACCGCCAAAUUUACGGAGCCUUCACGGAUACUCUCAGAGGGAGCCAACGGACACUGAACGUAGAACGCCAACAGCGAAGAAGCUCUCAAUUUACAGAACCCUGAAGACGUGUUAAAGUGUCAGCGCCGCUCCGUCCUGCUUGGAGCGAAUGCUCGGGGUGUGCUAUCUCCUCUCAGCAGACCCUGUGGUCGGGACACAGAGUGCGCAGUGCUCCGUGACCUGGCACAGCCUCCCCUGUGGUGGGGACACAGGGUGCACAGUGCUCCAUGACCUGGCACAGCCUCCCCUGUGGUCAGGACACAGGGUGUGCAGUGCUCCAUGACCUGGCACAGCCUCCAGGGCACCAGGGAGCUGCAGAAGCUCCUGCCUCAGCAGUCCAGCUGUUCUCAGAGCAGAACCACUCUCCUGUGUGCCUGUGGCUGUCCCCGUUUCAUAAGGAGGCCUUCCAGCAAGUGUAAUCUGAGAUCCUGGGCAGUAGUAAUUGUGUGUGCCUGUUAUGUGUCAUCUCCUUUCACUCUGUGACAAAUCCAAGGACAAACAUACUUGUGGGCUCUGAUGCAGCUUUGUGUUAUCUAUUUAUUUUCACCAGUACAGUAUUCUGAUUAUAUCACAAAAAUAGAACAUAAUUUAUAUAACAGGUUUUCUGUUUGUGGAUGAUUUGGUGGAAGACGUGUUCAGAUUAUUGUUCCUGUAAAGAAAACAGUAAUAAAGAGUUUAGCUACGAUAAUUCUCAAA